CUCGUGCAUUUUUCUCUAUUCAGUAGGCACUUUUUCAUAGCAUUCUCUUCAAAAUCUCGACACGUUUCUUGGAACCCAACAGUAGGACCCAUUCCUUUCAACUAUAUAUAGCCACUUCUCCUCUUCUUCUUCCCAAGUAUCCAUAUUCACAACAGCUCUUCCCUCUAAAACAAACAGACCGCACCAAAUUAAAGCUUUCAGAGUAUAAAAGGUUUAUAUUUAUAAGCAUAGCAUUAUCUUAGUUUUUAUGUAUUAUUUAUAUAUCCACAAGAAGAUAUAGUCUACCUUUUCUUGUUCUGUCCUUGUUCUUGUUCUAUAUGUGCAACCCAAAAUCAUCAUCUCCUUCCUCAUUUCUUUUGUGAAACCUCUUUUUCUAAACCCAACAACAAAAGUAUGGAUCUUUAUUCUGAUGAUGGUGAACUACAUAGAUGGCCUACCCCUUCCGAGGUCUUAGAAGAAAUCAAAGCUUUAGGGAAAAUCUCAGGCCCAACAGCAAUUACAGGUCUUAUUCUUUAUUCAAGAGCUAUGAUCUCCAUGAUCUUUCUUGGCUAUCUUGGCGAACUUGAGCUCGCUGGUGGUUCCCUCUCUAUCGGAUUCGCUAACAUAACUGGUUACUCUGUUAUCUCUGGACUUGCCAUGGGAAUGGAACCCAUUUGUGGACAAGCUUAUGGUGCUAAACAAUGGAAGAUUCUUGGAUUAACUCUUCAAAGAACUGUUCUUCUUCUUCUUUCCACUUCUAUUCCCAUUUCUUUCAUGUGGAUUAACAUGAAAAGGAUUCUUUUAUGGUGCGGUCAAGAUCAAGAAAUAUCUUCAGUGGCUCAUACUUUUAUUCUUUUUUCAGUUCCUGACCUUUUCUUUCUUUCUCUUCUUCAUCCUCUUCGAAUUUACCUUAGGACUCAAAGCAUUACAUUACCAUUAACUUACUGUUCUGCUAUCUCUGUUCUUCUUCAUGUUCCUUUAAAUUUCCUUCUUGUUGUCCAUUUUAAAUUGGGUAUUGCUGGAGUUGCUAUUGCCAUGGUCUGGACUAAUUUAAAUGUCUUUCUCCUUCUUUUUUCCUUUGUUUACUUCUCUGGUGUAUAUAAAGAUUCAUGGGUUUCUCCAAGCUUGGAUUGCCUUAAAGGAUGGUCUUCUUUGCUUGCUCUUGCAGUGCCAACUUGCGUUUCUGUUUGUCUUGAAUGGUGGUGGUAUGAAUUUAUGAUAAUGCUAUGCGGUCUUCUUGUUAAUCCAAAAGCCACUGUUGCUUCAAUGGGUAUUCUUAUCCAAACAACUUCCUUAGUCUAUGUCUUCCCAUCAUCGCUAAGCCUUGGAGUCUCAACAAGAGUUGGAAAUGAAUUAGGGGCUAAUCGUCCAGCGAAAGCCCGCAUUUCAAUGAUCGUUUCUUUAGCAUGUGCUGUUUGUUUAGGCCUUUUAGCUAUGUUAUUCACAACUUUUAUGAGGCAUCAAUGGGGAAGGUUUUUCACAAGCGACUCCGAGAUUCUUCAACUUACUGCAAUAGCAUUGCCAAUUGCAGGGUUAUGUGAACUUGGAAAUUGCCCGCAAACAACCGGUUGUGGGGCUUUAAGAGCAAGUGCUAGGCCUACCAUUGGGGCUAAUAUCAAUUUGGGUUCUUUUUACUUAGUGGGUUUUCCGGUUGCAAUUUUCAUGGGUUUCGUAGCUAAACUGGGGUUCGCAGGGCUAUGGCUUGGGUUACUUGCUGCUCAAGCCUCUUGUGCUACAUUUAUGCUGUAUGUUUUAUGGAAAACUGACUGGAAGGUUCAAGCAGAAAGAGCAAAAGAGCUUACACAAACUACUACUACUACUACUACUACUACUUCUUCUUCUUCUUCUUCUACUUCAAUUUUACCAAUGUCGUCAAAAGAUUCAAAACCACAAGAGGGUAUAAUUAGUAACUAUAAGAAGAAGGGUAAUCGGGAAGAGAUAUUGUGCAUUGAUGAUGAGCUUGUGAAGUCAACUUCACUUGAAACAGAUCCUCUUCUGAUAUCUUCAACAACUACUGUGCAAUGUUAAUUAAAAGUCCACUCGAUCCCCACCACCAUUUUUGCCCCACUCUUGAGGAACUGAUGUGAAUUUUUAUUUAUUGUUAGAGUUCACUAUUAAAUUCCACUUGUACUCUAGAAUUAAAAACCUUUUCUUUCUUUUUUUUUUUCUAUCUUUUUUGGAAGAUGGGGGCUUUUUUGUUUCUUUGAUUUUCUAAUUUUCUUCCUCUUUGUUUGUAUUAAUAACAUUGUAGAAUAGAGUAAUAUACUUUUUCAUUAUCUUUUUGGAGUUC